GCGGACUCGCCCCGCCCUGCCGUGCCGCCCACCCCAGCGCCCUUCCUCCUGCCUGGGCUGUCGGGAGGCUGGAGAUGGAAUCCAGGGCUCCUACCUCCUCUCUGUGUCCAGCCUCUACACAGGACCUGGGCAGUAGCCACGGGGAUGGUCUGGAAGGAGAAUGUUCCAGAAAACCAGACCAGAAGCUGCCAGGGCUCCGUGGAGUGGGCGAUCCUGCUGUGUUCUCCUCUGAUGGCUCCUACCUGUCCUCUAGAGGAAGGAUGAUCAAAUGGUUCUGGGACUCAGCCGAGGAGGGCUGUCGGACCUACCGCACGGAUGAGUAUGAUGAAGACAAGAAGCCCAGCGGCAUCGUUAACUUGGGCACCAGUGAGAACAAACUCUGCUAUGACCUGCUGUCCAGGCGGCUGAGUCAGAGCGACAUGCACUGGGUGGAGCCGUCCCUGCUGCAGUACCCUGACUCGAGGGGGCAUCUGUUUCUCCGGGAGGAAAUGGCCAAGUUCCUGUCUUUCUACUGCAAGAGCCCAGCUCCCCUCAAGCCAGAGAAUGUGGUGGCUCUGAAUGGCUGUGCCUCGCUCUUCUCUGCCCUGGCCACCGUGCUCUGUGAGGUGGGGGAGGCUUUCCUGAUCCCUCCCCCUUACUACGGAGCUAUCACGCAGCAUGUCUGUCUCUAUGGCAACGUCCGACUGGCCUGUGUCUACCUGGACAGUGAGGUCACUGGGCCGGACACACGCCCCUUCCAGCUCACAGUGGAGAAGCUGGAGACGGCCCUGCAAGAAGCAGAGACUGAGGGUGUGAAGGUCAAAGUCCUCAUCCUCCUCAACCCCCAGAACCCUCUGGGUGAUAUCUGCUCCCCGGGAGAGCUGCAGGAGUACCUGGUGUUUGCCAAGAGGCACAAGCUGCACGUGAUUGUAGAUGAGGUCUACAUGCUGUUCGUGUUUGAGGAGUCGGUGGGGUACCGCAGUGUCCUGAGCCUAGAUGGGCUGCCUGACCCCCAGAGGACCCACGUGAUGUGGGCAGCCAGCAAGGACUUUGGGAUGUCUAGGCUCUGCUUUGGCACGCUGUACACAGAAAAUCAGGACGUGGCCACUGCCAUGGCUUCCCUCUGCCGCUAUCAUGGCCUCAGUGGCUUGCUCCAGUACCAGAUGGCACAGCUGCUCCAGGACCGUGACUGGAUCAACGAGGUGUACCCGCCAGAAAACCACGCCCCUCACGCCUAUGUCUUGGAAGAUCUCAAGGUCCUGGGGAUCCCCUUCCUGAGUCGAGGGGCCAGCUUCUUCACCUGGGUUGACUUGAGAAAGUACCUGCCCGAGGACACCUUUGAGGGGGAAAUGUUUCUGUGGCACCGCUUCUUGGACCACAAGGUGCUGCUGUCCUCUGGCAAGGCCUUUGGGUGUAAAGAGCCCGGCUGGUUCUGCCUGGUCUUCUCGGACAAGGCCCACCGGCUCCGCCUGGGGAUGCAGAGGGUCUGGCAGGUGCUUGACGGCAGAGCCUCAGUGGCAGAAGACGCCCCACCCUCUCAGACCCAGGAGCCAAGCGACCAGCACAGGUGAGCUGGUUGUCACUCUGUGGCCAGAGCACCCAGCGGCCACUGCCAGCCUGGGCCCUCCCGGGGCUGCAGGAGAAAUGUGGAUGGACCAUUUGCCAGGAAGAUGCCAACCUUGGUUUUGUGCCUGUCUCUUGCCUGUCUCCGUGGUUCACUCCCUCUCCUACUAAAUAGAAUUGGUUGAAACUGGA